AUGGGAGUGACUAAUCUGUGGCAAAUCCUUGAGCCUGUGAGACAACCUGUCAACUUGAGCAGUCUCAAAGGAAGAACGCUUGCUGUUGAUUUAAGUCUGUGGGUUUGUGAAGCACAGACCGUUAAAAAGAUGAUUGGAGUAGUUACCAAGCCACAUCUGAGAAACCUAUUUUUUCGGUUCUCUUUCUUAACAUCAAUGGGAAUUAAACUAGUGUUUGUCAUGGAAGGAGAGGCCCCCAAGUUGAAAGCAGACACCAUGAGUAAGAGGAAUGAGAUGCGCUAUGGACCUUCAAAGAAAGUUGGAGCUGCAAGAACAGGGAGAUCUUUAUUUAAAGCCAUUUUAAAAGAGUGUCUCCAACUGCUGGAGUGUUUAGGUGUCCCUUGGGUUCAAGCAGCUGGGGAAGCAGAGGCAAUGUGUGCCUACCUAAAUGCAAAAGGACAUGUUGAUGGCUGCAUUACCAAUGAUGGAGAUGUCUUCUUAUAUGGGGCUCAGACAGUUUAUAAGAACUUUGCCAUGAAUGCUAAGGAUCCACUUCUUGACUGUUACACAAUGUCCUCUAUUAAGGAGAAGCUUGGUUGUGACAGAGAGUCUUUGAUUGGGCUAGCUGUUCUUCUGGGUUGUGAUUAUCUUCCAAAGGGCAUUCCAGGAGUUGGGAAAGAACAAGCUUUAAAGUUAAUUGAGACUUUGCGAGGUCAAAACUUAUUGCAAAGGUUUGAGCAAUGGAAAGAACAAUUUCAGUAUGAUAAUAAUCCACCUUUGGUUGCUAAAAGGGUAGCUCACUGUUCUGAGUGCCAUCAUCCAGGAUCUUACAAGGAACAUGAGCACAGUGGAUGUAAAAUCUGUGAAAGCACUAAAUACUGCAAACCCAAUGACUCCAAAUACUGCUGCCCUUGUGAAUGGCAUCAAUUAGAGCGAGUGAAACAAGCAAGUGCAGUGGAGGACAAUAUCAGAAAAAAAGCUAACAGUUGCGAGGGCUUUCCAUUCUCUGAGGUUAUCCAAGAAUUUCUUGUAAACAAGAAUAAAUUGAUCAAGAUAAAGGAAUGCCAAAGGCCAAAUUUAUUGUCCUUUCAGAUAUUUGCUUCUGAGAAGAUGGAAUGGACCAAACAUUACGCUUGUAAGAAACUGUUAGCACUAUUAACACGUUAUGAUAUGGUCCAGAGAAAAUCUGGAUACAUUGAUUCAAAACAACUGCAGGCAAUACGGAUAGUCAAGACACGUGUUAAAAAUGGAAUUCCUUGUUUGGAAAUUGAGUGGCAAAAACCAGAACAUUAUGUUGAUGCAGAAGAUGAGCCUGUAGAGUUGUUUGUAGUCACAGUAGAAGAGGAGUCUUUGUUUCAGGCUGCUUAUCCUGAUGUUGUUGCCCUUUAUAGAGUGGAGAAGUCAGAAGUUCUGAAGAAGAAACAGAAAAACAGGAAAGACAGACCAAAAGAAAAGGAAUUAUCAAAUGUUUAUGAUGAAGUUAGCGAUCUUCUAUCUCAAAUGAAUUUAAAAUCUAGAUGUGGAAUUCUUCCUGUGCAAGACUCCAUGUCAGAUAUAAAAACUCCCCCAGAAGAUGAGAUACACCAGAGAAGUACUGAAUCAAAAGACCUAGUGUUAGCUGCAGUUUCCUGCAAAACAACUGUUCAAAUGCCAGCAUCAGCAGCUGCUCUUCCUCUAAUUGCAUUUCCUUACUCGCUCUUACAGGGUACGUUGGCUGACUCAUCUGUAUUGCCAGCACAAUUUACUAAAAAUUCAGGGAUAUCAUCCUCUUCCUCUGUAACAGCUGGUCUACAACUGAGCAGUAUUGAUUGGGAAGGAACCUUCUUCAGCACUUCACCAGCCCAUGGGGUUGAUACCCACGAUCCAGCAGCUGACUUAGCUACAUGCAUAGAACACUCGCAUCCACUGGGUCAUGAAACAGUAAGAAAUAGCUCAGAAUAUUCUGAUGCUAUGAAGUCUGAUCAACAUCACUGUGAUAGUGCGGAUGAUUUGGUUUCAGAUGAUGCUAUGGAACAACUUCAGAAGUGGUCUUUAAGUGAGCGAAUACUUAAGAAGACUUCCAUUCCAUCAAAGCCUUUGUUGUCUGAAGACGUAAUGCAACUGGAGUCUUUGAAAUGUUUUAAACAAACAAAAGAAACAUUGAAUCCUGAUAAAGAAUAUGUCUCUUCCUUGUGUCAGUUAAAUAAACUAGUGCAGCAAAGUAAAAAUGUGCUAUCAGAAAACUAUGCAAAGGAAUCCAGCGUACACAUUUAUCAAGAUCGGUACAAAAAAGCUGGCAGCCUGGCUGAAAUGAUGCAAAAAGACCAUAAUAUAAGCAGUUCAACAUCUCUAGCCCUUAGUGGGCAAACAGCAGAGAUGCUGCAUCCUGGGUGUGAAAUGCUUCCAGUGUCUGAAAAGCCAGCAGAUGUUGUAACUGGCUGUCACGUUAAAAAAGCUUGUAUUCAAAAUACUUGGAAAACUUCUUUUAAAAAGAGUGUGUGUCAGAACAGAUGUUCUUCUAGUGAAGACAGUGAUGAUGGGAACAUGACUAAAAAUCUGAUUUAUGAGCAGCAGAAAAGGCAACUGAACCCUGGUCAGUUUAAAAAAUGUUUUACAAAGAAAAGGAGUAACAUUACUAGCAAAAGAACAAACAGUGACUCAGCCCUUAUAAUUAAACGGAAGAAGAAAAUGACCAAUUUAAAAAAAGCUGGUAAUAGUUUCUCUUUGAAAGUAUCUCCAAAACCAUCCUCUUUAGGGCAAGUUAAUUGUUCCCAAAGUCCAGAGCAACCAUUUGAGAGGUCAGGUUCUGGUCCCACACAGCAAGCCAAAAGUGCUGUUCUGACUUACGCAUGGGCAGACAGUCCCCUUCCCCUGUCUGAAAGACUAAAAGGAAGAAACAAAAUCAAUUAG